AUGGAAAUAAACAAUAGGGCAUCUGCUCUAAUUGUGCAAAAGCAAUACGCCCAAGGAAUCGAGAAACUGCAAAAAGGCUUGGGUCAGCUUCGAGCACUUUUGUUGCAGAUGCCAGGUGGUAAUAGUUCCGAUAUCAGCUGUGACUCUCUGGAUACAUGGAUGUAUCCUGCGACGGAAGCUCUCCGUGACGGUGGCGUUGGGUGCGGUCCUACUGCCUCCUUCUUUGUAUAUCGAAGGCCACUUGUCAUCCCAUCAUCGAAAAUUAGAUCAGCCCGAGCAAAUACUGAAAACAGCUCCGCCACAGGAGAACACACCAGUCUUUUAGUUGCAAUGCUUUUCAACUAUGGGCUCGCUUGCCAUCUAUCAUACAUUGAUCAUAAAGGGAGAUCGAAUUAUAGAUCGCAGUUCGAUUUUGACCUACUGCAAAGGGCAAGUCAGAUGUACGACCUUGCGAUAACAAACUUUCGUCGUUUGGCAGUUUCGGAGGCGACUGCCGAGGCUGACAGGAACGUAGUAUCAUCCAAUAUUCAAUUCUUUCGAGCGGCCAUGAACAACCUGGCAAUCUGUGAGCAAACGCGGUACGUGCUGGUGGCGUCACGGAAUGAAUCUUUUCCAUUAGGCAUUCCUUUCAACAAGGGCUUUGAGCGACUGCGAGAACUCUUGCGGCGACACCCACCCUCGUCUAAUGACGCUCCCGAACGAGCCUUGUGGAGUUGCUACAUGUCAAAUACUUUGAGAGUGAUCAACUCGUUUCAAUCCAAUUACUGUGCGGCUGCAUGUUGA